AUGGGCGCCGAGAUCAAAAACCGUCACGUCCCCGUGCACGUGAAAAUGCUGGCUGGCAUGGCCGGUGGCGUCGCAGAAGCUUGUAUCUUGCAGCCAUUGGACGUGACCAAGACGCGGCUGCAGCUCGACCGUCUCGGGCGGUACAAGGGCAUGGUACACUGUGGCCAGACGAUCUACAAGACGGAAGGCGGGCUCGCUUUGUACAAGGGACUGUCUCCUUUUGUCACGAACAUGGUGCUCAAGUACGCGCUGCGGUUUGGCUCCUUUGCGUGGUUCAAAGAGCAGCUGGCAGGCGGGAAGGACAAACCCAUGACGCCGACAAUGAACUUUACCGCGGGGUUACUGGCUGGUUGCAUUGAAUCGGUCGUGAUUGUCACGCCGUUUGAGGUGAUCAAGACCCGCAUGCAAAAGGAAGUGGGCGUCGGCCGCUUUAGUGGACCCAUUGACUGUACGCGGCACCUUGUCCGGAACGAAGGCCUUGGAGCUCUGUGGAAGGGCAAUACGCCGACUAUGGCUCGUCAAGGCAGCAAUCAGGCGUUUAACUUUAUGGCUUUUGCCUGGCUGAACCACCACGUGUGGGACAAACAGGACGGAGAUGGCAAGACGUUGCCGACAUAUGCCACGUUUAUUAACGGCCUUAUUGCAGGCUCGCUCGGGCCGAUGAUGAACACGCCUAUGGACGUGCUCAAGACGCGGCUGAUGGCGCAAGAGACGGUCGCAGGUCAAGAGCUGAAGUACAAGGGCUUUUUUGACGCGUUGAAGGUCAUUUCGAGGGAAGAAGGCGUAGCAGCGCUUUGGAAGGGACUGCUCCCGCGUCUGACGAAGAUGGCACCGGGUCAAGCCAUUACGUGGUCGGUCGUCAUGCGCGUGACGUCUACGUUUGAGAAUCGAGAGCUGGAGAUGGCCGAGAACAAGAUGAACAUGUAG